GUGCCGAUGCCAUACGCGCGGAGAUGGUCGUGAGGCGUAUGCCGACGUGCAGAGACUCAUCACAGCCUUCUCCCGUUUAGGGAUCAGCUAGACCGCAUGACGGCACAGACGGCUUUUAUAUGGACGCCGUAUGAUCAUAUUUUGGAUCAGCUGCCGGCGUUUUGUAGGGCUGGUCAGCACAUGUGGAUGUCGCGGUGUCCAUUGAUACAUAUGGAUAUCGUUGAGUAUCACGCGCCCGACCGCGUGUUACGGCAGUUUUGGUAUGUACAGAAUAUACCCGCGGCUACGGUUUGGGAGCAUGACCACCAUGCGAGGGACGAGCGUGCGGGCGUCGAUGAUGCAUGGCGACUAUAUAUGCAGCAGCAGGUCCAGAGUUAGGAUGUGAGGAUGACGAGCCUAGCAGUGGUCGGACAUGAUACUCCGAUCCAUGUGUACAUGGAGUGGUACAUGCGGAUCACUCGCAUCAUUAUUGGCAACCCCUCUAGGCGUCGUCCAGAUGGCCUGGGAUAUGUAGCUCUCGCAGGAGCGUACGAGGCGCUGGUACGGACCGUUCAGAUGAUGCGCUAUGAGAGCACUGCCCGUAUGGAGGCCCCCGAGACGGCGGAGUAUGCAGCACGGAUGAUUGAGCUUGCCGAGGCGGUAUGAACGAGACAGCAUGACUUUGAGCGUCUUCGUGAGCGUGUUCCGCGCCCCGCUGAGGGGGGCGAGGUGGUCGUGGUCGCAGAGGAGUUCGUAGCCGUCGUAGAGGUGGUAGGGCUGGCAGAGGUGAUGAGGCGACUUCAGAUAUCCCACCGAGUUCUUACCAGCCGGCGACUACAGAUAUCCCAUCGACUUUUCAUUCCCGGCCGUCGACUUCACGAACCUACGCGUAUAUGCGUACCUUUUUUCAGAUUAUGUGCCCUGGCCUUCAUUUCCACAUCCACCAGUUCGUGAUCCACAGGGUGAGCGGCCAGUUCGUGAUUUACAGGGUGGCCUACAGAUACACUUUGACGACUCCAUGUUCGAGGAGUUCGUGUUUGAUACGGCACCAUCUGCAUCUCCUGCUCUGGGGGCUGCUCAGGCAUCUCAGGAGACCGUCGACACACAGGUUUGAUUUUUACAAUAAAAUAAAAUAAUUAUUUCAUGUUCAUUUUAGAAUAAAUCUAAAUUAAAUUGUUUAUAUGUUAUUUCAGAUUCAUUCCUCUGCGCCUGUGGACCCAUCUCCUGCACCGGGCCCCACUCAAGAGAUCGUUGAGGAGCCAGCUCAGGAGCCCUCUCACCAGGCAUCUCAGGAGGCCGUCGACACACAGAUUCAUUCAUCUGCACCUGUGGACCCAUCUCCUGCACCGGGCCCCACUCAAGAGAUCGUUGAGGAGCCAGCUCAGGAGCCCUCUCACCAGGCAUCUCAGGAGGCCGUCGACACACAGGUUCAUUCCUCUGCGCCUGUGGACCCAUCACCUAAUGAGAUUGACGAGGAGCCAUGUUAUGAACCGGUCCCACCGCCCACCGUCGUUUCUCAUAGAAAACAUGUUAUGAACCGGGGAAGUCCGGGUCGAAAGAAGGGAAGGAAGGGAAGCAAGAAUGAUCAUACCAUAGAGCAUAUACAGAUUAAGAGGAGGAAGAGGGAUGGAGAUGAUGGUGGUGGUGGUGGGGGGUUAGCCUUAGGCCUAGCCGAACUCUAAAGGCUCCCACUUGUGGGACCUGAGAUUGUGAAUGUUAUAAAUAAAGUGUAUAUUUUAUGUUAUUAUUUUUUUAAUGAUAAUUAGUUAUCUUAAUAAUAACUCGUGCAACGUAUGAAAAAAAAACGUGAUUUUAAUAGGUUUAAAAAAAAAAAAAAAACAAGUCUGUAAAAAGUUUAUUGCAGGUACAGAAUUAACUUUCACGCACAAAAGCUAUGCGCGAAAGUGAAAAUCAGCAGCAAACUUUCACGCAUAAAAACUAUACG